CGCAUGUACAGGCGCUGGAUAAAACAUAAUUCGCCAACAAUGGUCAUCACCAUCGAAAUACGGAAGAUGUACAGAUAUCCGUUUGAGCGAGUGGUAGACAUGCAUCUGAACAAGUAUCCCACACCACUUGAAGAGCACGUCAGAGAUGUCGAAACAGUAGAAGAAAAGAAAGACAGCUCUGGAAUUAUUUAUAGACGACGGAUUGCAACCUGCAAUAAUGUGCUUCCCAACAUCUUACGAAGGAUGCGCCUAAUGAAUGUGGAUAAUGUUCACAUGGAGGAGGAGUCCUGGCUGGACGGGAAACGGAAGACCAUGAACAUUCAGAGCCGCUGUCUGACUUGGAGCCAAUAUGCAACCUUACAGGAAGUGUCCAUUUUCAGAGAAAGUACAGCCAACCCCAACUGGACAGAGUUCUGGCAGACUGGCAGCAUCAGUGUGACCGGGGUGGGAAGACUCAACCGACUGUUCGAGCUUUUUGCCCAGUCCUUCUUCAGUAGGGGAUUGAACAAGAGUGUACAUUUAAUGGAAGUUAUCCUAGAGCAGCGAUAUGGACACCCCUGUUCUUAAAGAAAGACCCAUUCUGGCGGCUUUGAAGAUGAACACCAAAGACAGAGGCCAAAGAAAGCAAAAAAGAGCUAUUAUUUUUUUAUGAUUUUCAGAAUGUCCAUGGUUUGGCUGUGGUGCAAUGCCUUUCUGGAUGUAAUUGUAUAGUUAAGGUCUAAAAGAUUUAUUACAAUUUUGAUAUUUUAGAGAUCCAACAAUAGACUGAGGCUUUUGAUUAGCUGUUCUUGCUUUGACAAAAAUAAAUAUGAAUCCUCAUUUUACCUAAGUUCAGUUAAACUUUAAGUUAAACUUUAAAUUCCCUUUAGAAAGUAAAAUAUCCCAUGCUGUUCUCUGCCCAAAAUGAAAGGCAUGUUUAUUUUUACAAUAAAAUGUAAGGCAGCUGGUUUGUACUAGAUUAUUUUAAUUUAUUUUGCUGAGCACUAAGUGAUGAGUUAUGUUACAGAAAUAAACAUACAGAGCUAAUUUAUGCUAGUUAUGAUAAUACUAGUAUUUAUUUUGGACAAUCCCAUUUUUGUCAGGGAAAUUAUUUGGGCUGAUCUUUAGCUUUGGGAUUGUUUUCUGUAAAACAUUUUUCCAACAUCCUCCACCUCACUAUACAUGGAUCAUUUCCGAUCCUCAUUCAGAUCAGAGAAGAAAUAUCUUGUAUCAUUUUCUGUGAAUUAAUCAUUUAAUCCAUGUAAUGGAUGAACUGUCCAAGAGUGUAGGAACAUGUUUAAAAUGUAAUUGUGUAGAUAAAAAAUAAAAAAAUUUGCUCAGGUGUAGAGCGCUCAUUAUGGUCACCCUGGUAACCAUAAUUAACUCUUUAUCAAUUCAGUCAGAGUUGGUAUUUGUUGCCAUUGUAUUAAAUUAAAUAUAAUGGAUGCUUUAUAGAAUUGCAGUGAAUUCUAUUGCUGAAAGAAUAGUGUGGCUGGGGAAUGAAGGCCUUGGCCAUUGGAACAGUGUUAUCCUGUUUGUACUAUUUUCCCAGUGCCUUUAAUGAACUUUGACUGAAAUUAAAUCUUUGAAUUGCUGUGGAUUUGUACAGCUGGAAAAAUUGGGACCAUUCAAGUAGAAUCUUGGUGCCUACUCCAUUUGCUCUGUGAAUUGCUCCUGUGGGAAAUUUUGGGUUGUCCUGGUAUUGCAUAUCAGCACUGUCCCUGUACAGAUCUUACAACUUUGCUGUUUAAAUUUCAUAAUUUCUGUAAACAAGCAUUUUCUGUGUAUAAGACAGUUCAGUCAUCUGUAUACACUUGUAAUCAACAUUUUUAUUAAAUUCUGCAUUUGUUUCUUA